AUGUCUGAAAAUAACAAUAUAAUUAAAAUUCAAAAUAUUCCAUCUUUAAUAGCAGUUCAUCCUUUAGUAUUACUUUCAGUAGUAGAUCACUAUAAUCGUGCCUUUAAACAGAAUAAAAACCGUCGUGUUCUCGGUGUAUUAUUAGGUUAAAGAUCCGGAGAUAAGAUUGAUGUAACAAAUUGUUACGCUAUACCAUUUGAUGAAGAUCCUAAAUAAUAAAAUAUAUGGUUUGUAGACCAUAUAUAUCAUGAGACAAUGUUUUUAAUGUUCAAAAAAGUAAAUGCUCGUGAAAAAUUUAUCGGCUGGUAUACUACAGGUUAAAAUUAUAAAUAACAUGACAUUUAAAUAAAUGAGGUCUUUAAAAAAUACACACCAAAUCCAAUUUUAUUAAUCGUAGAUGUCCAAAAUCAGGACAAAUUAGCACUUCCAACUGAAGCCUAUUGCUCUGUAGAAGAAGUUAGUAAACAAGGAGAAAUUAUUAAAAGAUUCGUACAUUUAGCAUCUACUGUAGAGGCCUUUGAACCUGAAGAAAUUGGUGUGGAACAUCUUUUGAGAGAAAUAAGAGAUAUAUCAGUUAAUUCAUUAACUAAUUAAGUAAAUGAUAAAAUAUAAGCUUUAAAAGGUAUGAUGGGAAAAAUAUUAUAAAUAAAAGAUUAUUUAGAAAAAGUCUUAAGUGGAAAAGCUGUCGUUAAAAACGAAAUUAUAUUUAAUAUUUAAUAAAUUUUAAAUUUAUUACCUAAUCUUAAUGAUGAGAAGAUGAUUAGAGCUUUUUCGGCUAAAAAUAACGACAUGGUGUUUGUUUUAUAUGUAUGUUCUUUGACUAAAUCUAUUAUUUCUUUACAUAAUUUGAUUAAUAAUAAAUUAGAAAAUAAAGAUUAAGAAAAAGAAAGUAAAAAAUAAAAUAAAGAAGAUAAUAAAGAAAAAGAAAAUACAAAAGAUAAUGUAAAGGAAAAUGCAAAAGAUAAUGCAAAUAAAUAAAAGUGAAAAAAAUUAAUAUUUUUUUAUUUUUUUUAUUAAUUAUAGAACAAAAAAUUAUUUUAAAGAAUAAUUAUUAUCUUUUCUGUUCUUUCUAUUUUUAUAAUUUUUU